AUGGCAAUAGCAAGCGUGGAUCGCGGAUCCACUUUAGCAGGCUUGUUUUUCCUCCUUACACUCGCUUUUGUCAGCGCACUGCGAGAGAAAUCUAAUUAUGCAGUGUCGAAUGAUCUUUUACCCUGGGCUCCCGGUGUCAAAGACCAAUUGUUUCUGCCUGAAAUGUAUGCAGGUCAUAUCCCUUUAGGUAACAGCGCUGACGAGGAUCCCAACAAGCUUUUUUUCUGGAAGUUUCACGAUACACACCCAGCGACUUCCGACACCGAAGCUGUGAUUUUUUGGCUUAACGGAGGGCCCGGUUGCUCUUCAAUGGACGGUGCUCUGAUGGAAAGUGGACCACUUCGUGUUAAUGACAACGGGAAACUUAUGCUGAACAAUGGAAGUUGGUUCUCUCGCGGCGAUAUGAUUUUUGUCGACCAGCCAGCGGGAACUGGGUUUUCAGUCGUGGGCCAAAAUGGUGGCUACGAUGAAGACCUUCAAGAGGUUGCUAGCGAUUUUUUGAGUUUUUUACAAAAAUAUUUGGAAAUUUUCCCCGAAGAUCGCGAGAAACAGGUGAUUUUAGCAGGAGAAAGUUACGCAGGCCAGUAUAUCCCGUUUUUUGCACAGGCUAUCCUCAAUUUUAAUCAAGAUUCAGACGAAAAAAUCAACCUGCAAGGCCUUCUGAUUGGAAAUGGCUGGAUCGAUCCUAAUUCUCAAUCACUUUCGUACAUUCCAUUCGCUGUGGAGAGAGGAGUUAUUUCUAACAAGAAUCCUCAGUUCUCGUCACUUUUGAAGCAACAAGAAAAAUGCCAAAACCUCAUCAACUCAGGAAAAAACGGAUUUGUUUACGAGGAAUGUGAAGACAUUUUAACUCAUCUGCUGGCAGCAACCAAAGCUUCUGAGGAUUCGGAUGGUAAUAAAGUGCCCAACAGUGAGAAAUGUCUCAAUAUUUAUGAUCUCAGAUUAAGAGAUUAUUAUCCCUCAUGCGGCAUGAAUUGGCCCCCAGACUUGCCAAGCUUGUCCAAGUUCUUUGCCACACCUGGUGUCGUGGAGGCUUUGAACAUGAACACCGAAGAAAUUCUUCUAUGGAGGGAAUGUGAUCACAAAGUUUCAAAUCACUUGAAAAACCCUACAUCCAAGCCGUCCGUUCAUUUACUACCAGCUAUUAUGGAGGCCGGUGUCCAGGUCAUCCUGUUCAAUGGGGACCAAGAUCUCAUCUGCAACAAUAUGGGCGUUGAGGCUUUAAUCGGGGAUCUUUCCUGGGGCAGCAAAAAGGGAUUUACAGAUCAGGUUCAAAACUAUGACUGGCUUUAUCAUGAUGCUACUUUGGGUAGCAAUGUAUCCGCAGGAUUUGUGAAGUAUGAGAGAAAUUUAACUUUCAUUAGUGUCUACAAUGCGUCUCAUAUGGUGCCCUUUGAUAAUGCACGUAUUAGUCGGGGUAUUGUUGACAUUUUCUUGAAUCAAGUGACACUUGUUCAGGGUCCAAACGGGGACACGCUAUUGAGCGAGGAAUCAUUAGCCCAAGGUACUGAACUUGGGACCAGCUACAGUGAUCAAAAUGAGCAGCAAAGUGAGGAAGAGGACAGUGAAAAGGAUGAUCGCCAAGCAGAUGAAGAAGGCGAGCACGAGGACGAGAAAGAGGACAUUGAUGAUGACGACGAUGGUGGUGACGAAAAUGAUGAAGACGAUGAGGAAGAAGAUAACGAAGAACAAGACGAAGAACAAGAUGAAGAACAAGACGAAGAAGACGAAGAAGACGAAGAAGAUAGUGACCAUGAAAAACUGCCAUUGUCAGACAGUCACAAAUUCACACUCGCUGUCAUUUACUUGCUCAUCUUUUGUACUUUUGGAACUGUCGUCUACUUCGCUAUCAGAGAGUUUUUUAGACCCAAGAUUCGUGCAAUUCUUGUUGAUCCCGAUAACAGGCCGGAGUCUACGAAGAAAACGGUGUCUUGGGCGGAUGAUCUCGAACAGGGUGUAGAAGAAUGGGCUGAUCGAACUCCUAGCGUAAAAAAAAACGGUCAUUACAUUAGCGUUCCAAAUGAAGAGAGAGGUUCGUUCGAGCUUGAAGACAUGUGA